UGGAAGGGGCUGGCAGUUCCUUGCCUAGAUGGCAGUUAAGGAGUUAAACAGCAGGCAGUGCUAGAGGCCCGCGAAUGGAGCUGCUGUUCUGUGGAUAGCAAGGCUACAGCAGAGAGAGAGAGAGAGAGAGGAGAGAGAGCCAGCCGGAUAGAGAUGUUAAGUCAGAGAGCCCAGAAAGCGACCGCACAGCAGUUUGAAACGGCAUCGGGGGGGCUGGAAAGGACUUCUGCAUCCUCCUCCCUCGCUCCCUCCCUCCCUCCCUUCUGGGCUUGUGAGCCAGCGAGGCUGAGGACCGGCCUUUCUUCUGACAAAGAGGAAUCUCUGGAUGGGUAGGGAGGACUGCACGAAGCAGCCGGUGGCGUGUGCUCCAGUGAAGGAGAGGGACUCUGCAGUGACUGGCAUCGGCCUCCUCCCAGAAGCCGACGGGCACUGGAACGGCUGUGUCUGGAAGGGGACCUCUCCAACCACCUGCCCCACCGGCGCCUCCUGAUCGGGGGAGCAAGGACUGGCUCGCACAGGCUGCUCCAAAGAUGCUGCGGACCUCUCCGUCCUAGCUCGGAGAUGCCCCUGCAGAAACCCCGGAGUUGAGAAGAAGGGGGGUGACUCAGCGCCUGGGGGUGUUGUGGAGGCGGCUGUGCUCAGGUAGAGCUUUUUUCUCCUCCCGACGCUGCAAUGAAUGGAGGUCUGUUGAGCAUCGUUCCCAGUCAUCACUUGAUACCUGCAGAGUCCCUGGAUACGGCUCCGUUCUUCGGCUGAAAAGGGAGAUCUCGCGUCUUCCAUUCAAGGCAUGCCUUUGAAAGGACCUGCCGCCUCCAGCUAAAAGCCGGUGAGGGAAGCUGCGUCAGCCGAUCGGCUUUCCCGCUGCCUUUGGAGGGCGCCACUUUCCCGAAUAUGAUCCCUCCAUCAAUGGCUUCUCCUGGGCACCCCCUUGGGGAAUGUUAACGGGAGACAAAGAAAAUGGCGCCAACCAAGAAUGAUGGUUUGAGGAAGCGCCACCUUUUCUCAGCACAAGGCCAGUAUCUAAAAUAAGAUCGGACACUUUCCUUUGCCAAGACCGGGCUGGGGUGACUGUUUGUGGCUUCGUGAGGUCUUUCUGUACAAGUCAAAGACGGCGCCCAUUUCUUGUGGUGCCAAAGAUCAGCACUUGAUCUAUUGAAGUACAGCUCUGGAGCCAUCAACAAUAGAGUGCCGUUGACUUACAACCCUGAAACCCACUACAACGUCUUCUUCUUCUUCUUCCUCCUCCUCCUCCUCCUCCUCAUCAUCAUCCUCCUCCUCCUCCUCCUCCUCAUCAUUAUUGUUUUGUUACCAGAUUGGAAAUUCAUUUCCAAACCCAAAGCUGGUGUCCUUUGUGUCCGUGCGUGUUGUGGAUUGGGGCCCAGUUAAGGAACGUAAUGAAACUGCUAUGGCCAAGCUCUUGGUGAAGUUCCAACGGUACUUUCGGCGGAAACCCAUCCGGUUCUUCACAUUGAUUGCCCUUUAUCUGACGGCUGGGAGUUUGGUGUUCCUUCAUACUGGUUUCACCAGUGAGACAAGAGUCUCUGAGAAUGCACCCAAUGCCAAUGAUGGCGCCAGAGACGGAGCAGAAAUGCAGUAUUUGGGGACAGUGCCACUUAGCAGGGAAUUCAAGGAGACGCCGGAAUCUUUGACGACGGUCCGGAGGUACGGCUCUUGGUUUAAAAAUCCUUCCAAGGAUUCUCUGGGGAGGAGCAAAGUCGGAGACUACGGUGGGACGUGGAGCCGGGCGCUCAAGGGGAGAAAUAUCCGAGAGAAAGAGGAAGAAAGAGCGAAAUACAUUGGCUGUUACGUAGACAACACCCACCAGAGAGCCCUCCGUGGUGUGUCCUUCUUCGACUACAAAAAGAUGACAUUGUUCCGUUGCCAGGACAACUGUGCUGAACGGGGUUACCUCUACGCCGGGCUGGAGUUUGGAGCGGAGUGUUACUGCGGGCACAAAAUCCAGGCCACCAACGUCAGCGAUUUGGAGUGCAACAUGGAGUGCAAGGGAGAAAAAAGCAACAUCUGCGGCGGGGUGAACCGGCUCUCCAUCUAUCGCCUAGAGUUGGCCCAGGAGUCUGCACGGAGAUAUGGCAGUGCCAUAUUCCGCGGAUGCUUCCGCAGGCCAGACAACGCCUCGCUGGCGUUGCCAGCCAGCCGGGCCAUGAAAAAUAUGUCGGUGGACCGAUGCGUUGACUUCUGCACAGGAAAGGAAUACCCCCUGGCGGCCCUGGCGGGCACUGCCUGCCACUGUGGCUUCCCCACGACACUCUUCACCCUGCACGAGCGCGAGGACGAGCAGCUGUGUGCCCAGAAAUGCAGCGGCGAGGAGUUCGAGAGCUGUGGCACGUCCAAGUACUUCGUCAUUUACCAGACACAAGUACAAGACAACCGCUGUAUGGACAGGAGAUUUCUGCCGGCCCGGGCCAAGCAGCUGGUCGCCCUGGCGAGUUUCCCCGGAGCAGGCAACACCUGGGCGCGGCAUCUCAUCGAACUCGCCACUGGGUUCUACACCGGCAGCUAUUACUUUGACGGGUCUCUCUAUAACAAAGGGUUCAAAGGAGAGCGAGACCACUGGCGAAGCGGCAGGACGAUCUGUAUCAAGACCCACGAGAGCGGGCAAAAGGAAAUCGAGGCCUUUGACUCUGCCAUCUUGCUGAUCCGGAACCCAUACAAAGCGCUCAUGGCCGAAUUCAACCGGAAAUACGGGGGCCACAUCGGCUUCGCUUCUCAUGCUCACUGGAAGGGGAAAGAAUGGCCGGAAUUCGUCAAGAACUACGCCCCCUGGUGGGCGACGCACACCCUCGACUGGCUGAAGUACGGCAAAAGCGUCCUGGUGGUGCAUUUCGAGGACCUGAAGCAAGACCUCUUCGUCCAGCUCAAGCGGAUGGUCAGUCUCCUGGGCAUCGCCGUCCUGGAGGACCGGCUCUUAUGCGUCGAGGGCCAGAAGGACGGGAACUUCAAGCGCUCCGGGCUGAGGAAGCUGGAGUACGACCCCUACACGCCCGAGAUGCGGAAAACCAUCAGCGGCUACAUCAAGACGGUGGACACGGCUCUGAAACGCAGAAACCUCACCGGGGUGCCAGAGGACUAUUACCCGAGAUGAUGCCGUGUUUGCUAGGGACGUGUUUGGGCAGGAUGGGGACCUGAUCCUGCCCGGAACUGAAAGUCUUGGCUUUCCCCGGCCGGGAACUAUUUCCACCCAGUGGGUGGCCCUCCCUUCGGGACUCAUCUGCUGCUGCUGCUAAUGAUUCCCCUGCAUGAGCAAAAGAGUGGUCUUCGCCUGUCAUUAUCGAGAGAUGAUGCCUUGCCUAAGCUGUCCAUACAGACCCAGGUCCUUUGGGGACCACAGUUCAUGCACACGCCAGAGACCUGCAAAGCUAUGUGUUUUUUUUGCCGCUGCUGUUCCAUAAGAGCUUUGCCUUCUUUCUGCAACAUGGGUUGCCACUGGCUUCUUUUCUCACCCCUCGUACCCUCCGGCUCCUCCGAGGAGCUUGCAAAGGGACGCUGUGUGACACCACCCCUUGCCCCGAUCCAAGCCAGACAGCCUCCUACCCUGGGUCAAUACUCCUACUGCCGGUCUGUGGAGAAUGACAUGCCACUGGCUACUAGGGGCGUGCACAAAACUGGGAAACCCGGUUCGGUUCGAGUCGAACCGGACUCAAACCGAAUCGGGUCUGGUCUGGUUUUAUGCACACUGGAUGUGAGUCCGGUCCAUCUCGAGUCUGGAAUGGUGGAUUUACAGCCAGUGCAGGGUGUCAGGGGGUACUUCUACGGCAGCGGGGAAUCUCCUGCGAUUCUCCCUUCCCCCGCUGGCCUCCCCCCUGGUCUCAUACAGCCCAUUUCAGCCAGUUUCCGGACUGUUUGGGGCCUAUCUGCGCAGGCAGCAGCCAUUUUGGAGGCUGCCAUGCAUGUGCACUGGCCAUUUACAUGGCCAGGUUGUGACAAAAUGACCACCUCCAAAAUGGCCGCUGCCAGUACAGAGAGGCCCCAAAUGGCCUGAAACAAGCCCAGAACAGGCCGAAAUUGGCCGUUUGUGACCAAAUGGAGGCCGGUGGGGGAGGGGGAACUGCAGGCGUACCCUGCCAGGGCAGGACUCCCCAAGGCCCCGCAGUGGGGGUCAAUCUGCCAUUUUUUCCUUUAAAAAACAAACCUGGACCAGCCUGCGGGGUUCGGCUCGACCUCGAGCCAGGCCGGUUCAAGUGCAAGCAAGCUCAACCCCGAGCCGGCUCGCACAUCCCUACUGGCUACUCAAGUCUUUGAGUUAGGCCUGGAAGGAACACCUGGAUCCAUCACUGCUCUACCCUCAAUUACUGUGGACACACUAUAGGGCUGUUCUCACAACCCUCAAAAGGAUAGGACAAGCAUCCUUCCCCAGCUCAGGAGCUCUGCAGAUGCCCAUUUUCCGAUUGUCUGUGAGUAAAAAGCAAGGUGGGAAGGGGAGGAAGUGACCAUCUAUUAAUCAGCAGCUGGAUCAGGGGACUUUUUGUCCUGCCAGAAAAUGGGCACUCAUACAGCUCACGGUCUUAGGUAGGAUACAUUUCCUACCCUGUUGAGGAUCGUGAGAACAGUCCUGUUGUGUACAGUAACUGGCAAACAAUCAUCCCAUUCACAUGACCAUGCAUACCUAGGUACAGCCUCUGACCUGGGUAUUCAUGGUCGUGCAAAUGGGCAUGUGUGUACACACACAUUCCAUUCAUACAACUAUGCCUACCCAGGUCACAGGCUGCACCCAGGUAUGCAUGGUCAUAUGAAUGGGGUGACUGAAUGCAUGCACGCACACACACACCCAUUCACACACCCAUGCUUACUCAGGUCAGAUGCAGUACCCUAGUGUGUAUGGUUAUGUGAAUGGGGUGACUGAGUGCGUGCAUCUCCUCAGUCACCCCAUUCAAUCGACCAUGCAUACCUGGAUACGGACUCUGACCUGGAUACACACACAGUCACCCCAUUCACAUGACCAUGCAUACCCAGGUCAGAGACUGUAUCCGGAUAUGCAUGGUCAUGCGAAUGGUGUGAAUAUGUGUCAAUGGGGUGAAGAUGGCCUGGUUCACACAUGUACAUUGCUUGGUCUAUACAUGCAGGAUAAUGAUGCAAUAGAAUCGUGAGGUGUCAGAAUGGGCUAUACCACUUCAGACUGGGGAGAGGAAGCCAUUUUUAUUUCCCCACAGUGCUGAAAUAAAAACUCCUUUAAAAAAUAAAUAAAGAAAGAAUAUUAGAAAAGAUUGAACAAGAUCUAUGGUCCCAGGUUCACUCCCUGGCAUCUCCAGGGGUCCAGGUAGGGCCUGUAACCUUGGAGAGCUGCUGCCAGUCAGUGUGUACAACAUUGAGCUAGAUGGAUCAAUGGUCUGACUCAGUAUACAGCAGCUUCCUAUGUUCCUGUGAGCUAAUUUGCCAUUUUCAGGGAGCUGUAAAUGAGGGGAAGCAUUAGAAAAUGCGAUUCCUCCUCCAUAGUUGCGGCCUGAGCUGGUACGAUCCAUUCUACUGUCUCAUUGUUUACUCUGCUACUCAGGUGGGCCAGGCUUUGAAGACCCUCACUGAAGCACCAUCCAUCCCUCCUGUUGGGACCCACAUUUCUCCCAAGUGAAAUUCAGCGGAGGAUGCCAGGGGCCCUCUAGGGAAAGACCGCAGCUUCAAGGGGAAUUCCAGGGCCCCUUGCUAUUAAGCAACCCAGGUCUUUCCUUUAUCUGGGGGAAGAGGUUGGAACCAAGAGGGAGUGAAGCCACCUUACCCCUUGCACAUUUUGGGGGAGGUUGGCAUGGUUUUCAGGGAUGGGGGGCACAGAUCACCCGCCCUUCUCUUGGCCCCUUUUGGCAGGUGGCUGCCAUGUUGUUAUUUUUACAGAACACAUCUUGGUUUUGACAUAUCAUUGUUCUGGGGGGUUCUGGGGAAAACAAAAUGGCAGCUACCACCCAGAAGGGGGCCAGGAGGUAUGCUGGUGAGUUUAUCACCCCCCACAAAUGGACCCCCAUUUUUGCAGUCUGCAGACCAGGCAGUGAAAGGCAUAGGGAAGCAUUUGGAUCUCAGCUCAAGAUCCACCCAUGUUCAAACACAGAAUUUCCUGGCCCCACUGUGGACUAGGUGAUGGUGAGUUGAAAAUGCGACACCCCCCCCCCCCACACACACACCUGCUGUCCUGAUGCAAUGGUAGCCCACGCCUGUCCCCUCUGCUCAUCACAAGCCAUAUCUCCAACCUGACCUCUUUUCUAUCUCCAAUUCACUUGGCUUGGAAAUCCUGGAUGCACACAAUUCUCUUUCUCCACAUUUGAGGGAAGCAACGAUAUUUCUGUUGCGGUGAUGAAGGACAAUGCCAAAAAGAGAUCUAUUUUUUUAAUGCCCCUUCACGGAGGGAAAGCGAUGGCUAGUAAUUGCCCAAGGGGGCCACUAUCUGCUUCAUUUGGGGCUGUUGGGUGUGGCAACGGUGGAUUUGGUUCUUAUUUCCUUCCGCGCUUCUGUUCUUAUGUUGAGGUUUCAAUGCAUUGCCAAGGGGCCUCUAGUGGGUCCCUUCUGCUCUGGAAUGUAUUUUGUCAGGAGCAAGGGCAACAUCUUGGGGGUUUCCCUUUGUUUUGUUGUGAGCUUAUGUUCAGCAACCUCAUUUCUCUGGGGGAUUUUCUUUGCUUGCUUGUUCUCUUGGAGAUCAAAGACGAGUCAUUGUGAAAAGUGAUACGAUUUCCCUCUUGCUCUUCAUUCUAGCAGGGUGGCCCCAAAGCUGCCAGACUCUGUCUGAACAAUCCUCAGGUCAAACACUGCCCAUUAAACAAACGUUUUGUUAAUAUUUCUA